ACGAGCUUCACCCAGCGAUUUCCCAUAUAGUCGAAGACACAGGUUUCAGAGGGCUUUGUCCGGAGCAUUGCUUUGCGUCUUCAUUCUUGCCCUACGGAUCGUACAGUUAAACAAGGCAAAAAUGGCGUAUGCAGCGAUGAAGCCCACUAAACCGGGUUUGGAGGAGCCUCAGGAGCAGAUUCAUAAGAUCAGGAUUACUCUUUCCUCCAAGAACGUGAAAAAUCUCGAGAAAGUUUGUGCUGACUUGGUUCGAGGGGCCAAGGACAAGAGGCUCAGGGUCAAGGGACCUGUGAGAAUGCCCACUAAAGUUCUUCACAUCACCACUAGGAAAUCCCCAUGUGGUGAAGGUACCAACACGUGGGAUAGGUUUGAAUUACGUGUGCACAAGAGAGUCAUUGACUUGUACAGUUCCCCAGAUGUGGUUAAGCAGAUUACUUCAAUUACUAUUGAACCUGGUGUGGAAGUUGAGGUUACCAUUGCAGAUGCUUGAUUUGGGCCAAAAAUGAUCCCUUUUUUCUUUUGGUUAUUUUGCCUCUUGGUUAGGAAAAUGUUUUUAGUUCAACACUUGGAAUCUAGUGUUUGGCACAAUGCCUCUUGUUUUAGUUUGAAGUUGGAAUAUUUUUGGUUUACUUUUUGCUGCUAAAGUUGAUAACAGUUAGUUAUAUGGUUAUGGUUAUUGAUGAAUACCUCCUUUUGUUAGCUA